AUGUCCUCUCAAAUGCUUAUAUUUCCGGGUCCGGAAGCUCUAUCUAGCUUCCGUAUUGCCACGUUGAUCACUGCAGUUAAUAAACUUGUCAAUUCCUCUGUCGUGACUUCUAUUAAGUCCUGCUACGUUCAUUAUGUUGAUGUCGAUCCCUCUUUACUCACUGAUUCUUCUUCUCUUGACAAAUUACAUUUGUUACUUAAAUACGACAAUGCUUUGGAUCUUUCUGACCCUCUCACAAAAGAGUUAUUUGAUCUUGUUCAAGUUCAAGCUGAUACUGAAGGUCUUUUAACUUCUCGUUUAGGCCCUGAUACAUACCUUAUUAGAGUUAUUCCUAGAUCCGGUACCAUUUCUCCUUGGUCUUCCAAAGCCACUAAUAUUGUUGAAGUUUGUGGUCUCGGUAAUUUGGUUCAUCGUGUUGAAAGAGGCCAGGCUUUCCUUCUCCAAGUUAGACCAGGCUUUCCCAUCUUGGACUUCUUUAAUAAGGACAAGUUCAAAUGUUUGAGUAGUGUAUAUGAUAGAAUGACUCAAACUUUGUAUGUCAAUGAAUCGACUCCGAAGUUUGAUGACUUGUUUGCCAGUCAUAAUCCUAAACCUCUUGUUAUAGUUGACAUUCUAGGCUCUAAGGAUAAGCUUUAUAAGGCCAAUAAGGCUAUGGGUCUUGCUCUUGACGAAGACGAAGUUCAGUAUUUGAUUAAGGCUUUCCACGAUACGCUUCAUAGAAAUCCUACCGAUGUCGAGUUGUUCAUGUUUGCUCAAGUGAACUCGGAACAUUGUCGUCAUAAGAUCUUCAAUGCUGAUUGGAAGAUCGAUGGAGAUAAGAUGGAUCGUUCAUUAUUUCAGAUGAUCCGUAACACUCAUAAGUUGAAUCCCCAAUAUACUGUAUCUGCUUACAGUGAUAAUGCUGCCGUUUACGAAGGCACUGAUGCCUAUUUGUGGUAUCCUGACGUUAGCAAAGCACACAAAUGGACCUCUUUGGCUGAAUUGGUUCAUACUUUAAUCAAAGUUGAGACUCAUAAUCAUCCAACUGCUGUUUCACCUUUCCCCGGUGCUGCCACUGGUUCAGGUGGAGAAAUUAGGGACGAGGCUGCUGUCGGACGUGGUUCUAAGACCCGUUGCGGUUUGGCCGGUUACAUUGUAUCCGACUUGCAAUUGCCCGGUCAAUCAGAGCCAUGGGAAUUGAAUAUUGGAAGACCGGAUCAUAUUGCUUCUCCAUUGGAGAUUAUGAUUGAGGCUCCAUUGGGUUCUGCUGCCUUUAACAACGAGUUUGGGAGACCUGCCAUUACUGGUUUUUUCCGAACUUUGACCACCACCGUGAAAGAUUUCGAUGGUAAGCCCCAGGUUCGUGGAUUCCAUAAGCCUAUCAUGCUUGCUGGUGGCUUGGGUUCUGUUAGACCUCAAUUGUCUCUAAAAUCAGACUUUAAAGUGACUCCUGGCGCCUGUCUCAUUGCUCUCGGGGGUCCUUCGAUGUUGAUCGGUUUGGGAGGAGGUGCUGCAUCGUCUGUUGCAUCUGGUGAAGGCUCUGCUGAACUUGAUUUUGCUUCUGUUCAGCGUGGUAAUCCAGAAAUGCAGCGUCGGGCCCAGCAGGUCAUUGACGCCUGUAAUGCCUUGGGUAUGGAUUCUCCAAUUCAGUGUAUUCAUGAUGUUGGUGCGGGUGGUUUAUCCAACGCGUUCCCUGAGUUGGUUCACGACAAUGGACUAGGAGGAAAGUUCGAGCUUAGAAAUAUUCCAUGUCUAGAACCUGGGAUGUCUCCUAUGGAGCUCUGGUGUAACGAGUCCCAGGAAAGAUACGUUCUGGCAGUUGCUCCACAUGAUAUCGAUCAAUUCAAAGCUGUUUGCAACCGUGAGAGAUGUCCAUUUGCCGUUGUUGGUACCGCCACUAGCGAACAAAGACUUAUUUUGACUGACAAGCUUCUUAAUACCACACCGAUCGACUUAGAUAUGAGUCUGUUGUUUGGCAAACCUCCAAGAAUGUCGCGUGAGGAUGCCACCAGACCUUUGAAGCUUGAGCCUUUGAAAUUGGAUGACAUCUCUGUAGCUGAUGCUUUAGGAAGGGUGCUUCAUUUGCCAUGUGUUGGCUCGAAAUCGUUUCUUAUAACAAUUGGUGAUAGAACUGUGACUGGACUUAUCGACAGAGAUCAGUUUGUGGGUCCUUGGCAAGUGCCUGUAGCCGAUGUUGGAGUGGCUGCCACUUCUCUUGGUGAUACUGUAGUUACCACUGGUGAUGCUAUGGCUACUGGAGAGAGGCCUGCAUUGGCUUUGAUAUCUCCGGAAUCUUCUGCACGUAUCUGUGUUGCCGAAUCUCUCACUAACUUGUUUGCCGCUGACCUCAGAGGUCUCGAUAGAGUCAAGCUCAGUGCCAACUGGAUGUCCUCUGCCUCAACACCCGGUGAAGGCUCGGCUCUGUACCGUGCAGUUAAGGCUGUUGGUAUGGAGAUGUGUCCUGCAUUGGGUAUUGAGAUUCCUGUCGGUAAGGACUCGAUGUCUAUGAAGAUGUCCUGGGACAAAAAUGAAGUUGUUUCUCCCUUGGCUCUUUGUAUCACUGCUUUCUGUGGUGUUAACAAUACCUCAAAGACUUGGACUCCUGUGAUGAAGAGAGAAGAUGAUACCGUUUUGGUGUUGGUUGAUUUGGGUAAUUCUUCACACGCUCUUGGUGCCUCUGCAUUGUCUCAGGUUUUUAGACAAGUGGGUAACGAUGCUCCUGAUGUUCAUGACGUUCAGAUUUUCAAAGGAUUCCUUGAAGCACUUCUUGAAUUGCAUCAGGGCUCUACGAUCCUAGCAUAUCAUGACCGUUCUGAUGGUGGUCUAAUUGUGACACUACUUGAAAUGGCCUUUGCCAGUAGAAGUGGAUUGGACAUUGAAUUGAAGCAGGACGGUGUUGAUGUUCUUGCAGCACUAUUUAAUGAAGAAGUCGGUUCUGUUUUCCAGGUUAAACGCUCGGAAUUGGACGAAUUUGCGACUGUUUUUGAACAUCAUGGUGUUCCAAAGGAGGCUAUUUCUAUUGUUGGAAAACCAGUGUUUUCUUCAGACCAGAAGAUCACAAUCUCCGUGAACGGAGUGGCCCAGUUAGCUGAAACCCGUGCUCAUUUACAACAGCAAUGGGCUUCGACGUCUCAUUUUAUUCAGAGACUUAGAGACAAUCCACAAUCGGCUGAUCAAGAGUACCAGUCUAUAUUGGAUAACGUGGAUCCUGGUCUCACUUAUAAAUUGACUUAUGAUCCUGUGGAUGACUUGGGAAUAAGUACAUUUGGCGGUGAGAAGCCGAAGGUGGCGAUUUUGCGAGAGCAAGGAGUGAACUCACAACUUGAGAUGGCCUGGUGUUUUCAGCAGGCUGGAUUCAAUGCUUAUGAUGUUCAUAUGACAGACAUCAUUUCAGGAAAGGUGUCCCUAAAUGAGUUUGUGGGUAUUGCUGCCUGCGGAGGAUUUUCGUAUGGUGAUGUGCUUGGUGCAGGUAAUGGCUGGGCCAAGUCUGUUCUUUACAAUAGUCGUGCCAAGGCUGAGUUUCGGAGAUUCUUUCAUGACAGAGCAGAUACUUUUGCCUUUGGAUCCUGUAAUGGAUGCCAGUUCCUAACCAGACUCAAGGAGCUAAUUCCGGGCGCAGAAUCGUGGCCAACAUUCGAGAAGAACAAGUCUGAACAGUAUGAGGCUCGUGUGUGCACUUUGGAGGUGACAGAGGAGAACUCUGCACACCCGUGUAUCUUUUUUGACGGCAUGAGAGGCUCGAAAUUGCCUAUUGCCGUAGCCCACGGAGAAGGUCGUGCCAGCUUCGAGUCAGAGAGGCAGAUUGCGGACUUCGACUCGCAAGGACUUGUUGCUGCCAGAUAUGUAGAUAAUUACGGAGUUCCUACGGAAAAGUAUCCAUUUAAUCCAAAUGGAUCCCCAGAGGGAAUCAGUGGAGUUCGUACACCAAACGGUCGAGUUCUAGCCAUGAUGCCGCAUCCAGAGAGGGUGUCUCGUCUUGAGGCCAACUCGUACUAUCCUGAAGAAGAGAUCCAGAAAUGGGGAGGUUAUGGACCGUGGAUUCGGUUGUUUAGAAACGCAAGGGUUUGGGUGGAGAAGACCAGUAGUUAG